GAAGUUCAUCUAUGCCAGACUUCACACCAGUUGCAUUCACUGCACAUUUCCACUAAAGGACUGAGCCCUGCUAGAAUUCUAAUAAAGAAUACCUUACACUCCACUUUUCAGCUGAUCAGCAUAAAGGAUAAGGUGUAUGAUAGUAAAGCCCUUCCUUUAUUCAUGUUCCAGUCAAUUAAAUUUUAUGAAAAUCACAUCAACUUAAUCUUGAAAAUGGAAUAUGCUGCAUGGCUCGCUUUAGGUUUGGUAUUUCAAAUUGUGUGAUGAUAUAAUGGACACUGGCUGAGAAUGUAGAUACUUCAUUAUUUUAGUAUCAAAAGAUCAGUUUCAUAAGGAAAGUUUUAUAUAUUGGAAAAAAAGAGGAGACUGUUAUAAGUGGCAUGGAAUGUUUUCUUGCCUACUUGUCAGUAUGAUAUAGAAAGGUUUAUGUUUAAAGACUUCAUCAGAUGAUCAAAUGUUACACGAAUAUAGUAGUUGAAUCAUUUAUGGAACCACAUUUGCACAGCUAAACCUCAAGUUUCUGGUCAGUUUCUAGAGAAGCUGCUUUCUGCAGCUGACUGUUUAGAACAUUAUAUAUUUCAUUAUACACCAAAUGUAUGUUCACGUCAGUCAAACCCAACAAGAUUGUGACCUGCAAAAGUUAUUUCAUAUUUCUGCUUGUGUUUUAUGGUGUGAAAUCAGCUGUGUAGCUGAGUUCGUUGAUGUUGGAACUUGCUGUUUUCUAUUCCUCAUUUAUCAGACUUGGAUGUUCCUUACCUGCUUACUUGAUGGUUUCACAAAUGGUCAACCUUUUCAAUCGUGUCACAAAUCACAAGUUUAUUUUCUGUUUAAUGUGUCUGAAACAGGAAAGAAAAAUCCAAACUCCAGGACAAAGAAACAAGCCUGAAGAAAGCUGCUGCCAAAGGAAGCAAAGCUGAGCAGAAGGCUAAGAAAAAGCAAGUAGAAGAAGAGAUUGCACGACUGUCAGCUGAGUUAGAGGCGAAACAUGCUGCGGAGCUUGCUUCUUUUGGGUACAAACCCUCAGGCAGCUCAGAAAAGGGUAACCUUGACAACCUAGUGAAGGCCAUAGCUGGUGUUUCCAUGUCCAGCAAUUUGGAUUCCGCAAAGCCCAGCAAGGGUGCACGGCGGCGAGAGAAGAAGGCAAAGGAGGAAGCUGCUCGGGAGCAGCGGAUCCAAGAAGAGCAAAGCAAUCUCGUCAGCGACCGCAUGCUGGAAAACGAGAAGGUUGAAAAUAAACUUGAGCCCUUGGGGCUGACCAUUCAAGAAAUAAAGCCGGAUGGCCACUGCCUGUACCGUGCUGUCGAAAACCAGUUGUUGCUCCAUUCCAAGGGCACUGCACAGUACAGCUACCAGGACCUACGGCAGAUGACAGCUAAGUACAUGAGGGAGCAUGCAGAUGACUUCCUCCCGUUUUUCUUAGCAGAAGGCAAGGCUGAGACUGGGUCAGAUCCCUCUGAGAGCUUUGAGAAGUACUGCCAGGAGAUCGAGUCCACAGCAGCCUGGGGUGGACAGCUUGAGCUUGGUGCGCUGACCCACUGCCUCAAGAAGCACAUCGUGGUCUACUCGGGCUCCUUCCCGGAUGUGGAAAUGGGCCAGGAAUACAAAUCUGGAUCCGGAGGUAAUAGUGCUGGGGAUGCUAGCAUCAGGCUGUCCUUUCAUAGGCAUGCCUAUGGUCUUGGUGAGCACUACAACUCGGUGAUUCCAACUGAGUCAUCAUAACAAAAGAAAUUCGAUACUGGUUUCUAAUAUGUUUGAUUGUUUACUGGUCUUGCCUGUCGGAUUUUAAACACAGUAGAUGACAUGUUUUUGGUUGCUGCUAUAUUUUUCCAUCUUCUCAACGCCGUUGAUGGUUGAGUGUACCAAUCAAAGCUGUACUUGGGAGGUUGUUUCCCAAACAAUUUUGCUCUCACCAGUAUUAUGUUGCAAUCAGUGAUAUAAUUUUCCAU